ACCCGCGCAGUGCCUGGCCCGCCCCCAGCCGGCUAGCCCAGGGUUCGGCGCUGGAGGAGCGCGGCUGCUCCAUCCCUCCCUCCCUGCCCUGCCUUGCCCUGCCCUGCCCUGCCCUGCCCUGCCCGGAGUCCUCCCGCCCGGGUAUCAGGCGAGAGGCGGAGCUGGCCCGGCGCGCCCCGCCCCCCGCUGUAGAAAGGGCCGGGCGAGUGUUACUCGCGGUCAUUGGGCUGGGGCCUUUUAUCUCCGCGCUGCUGGGGGAGGCAGGAGGAGGAGACACCGGGGGUGGUCCCGGGCGCCGGCGACACCUUUCCUGGACUAUAAAUUGAGCACCUGGGAUGGGUAGGGGGCCGACUCAGUCAACAACGCCCGCAGUCACACUCUGGCCAUUAACCGCAGCAGCGCCCUUGGGCAGCAUCCGCCGGCCGGGAGAACACUGAGCAACCAAGGAGGCGUAAGAGGAGGCCAAGUCUCGACCCAGCAAACCACCCACCGCCAUCGCGAGCUUCCGGACGCCAAGACUAGGAGAAGCCGCGCAUCCCGCAGGGCCCGGCUGCUAAGCGAGACGAGAGUUGGAGAGGGCGGAGUAGGAACCGGGAAUCCCGCCUUGCCAGCUGUCGCCAGGCCCGGACGCGGGCCUUGGAAAGCGCGUGAAGGCGGGCAUCCUCUCGCCCCGGCCGAUCAUCCCUGUGCCCCUGUCUGCGCUUCGGCGCCCGCGCGGCCACCAUGAUGCAGAUCUGCGACACCUAUAACCAAAAGCACUCGCUCUUUAAUGCCAUGAAUCGCUUCAUCGGCGCGGUGAACAACAUGGACCAGACAGUGAUGGUGCCCAGCCUGCUGCGCGACGUGCCCCUGGCGGAACCCGGGCUAGAUAACGACGUCGGCUUGGAGGUAGGCGGCAGUGGCAGCUGCCUGGAGGAGCGCACGACCCCGGCCCCCAGCCCUGGCAGCGCCAACGGCAGCUUUUUCGCGCCCUCCCGGGACAUGUACAGCCACUACAUGCUGCUCAAGUCCAUCCGCAACGACAUCGAGUGGGGAGUCCUGCACCAGCCGCCUCCCCCGUCGGCAGGGAGCGAGGAGAGCAGCGCCUGGAAGUCCAAGGACAUCCUGGUGGACCUGAGCCACCUGGAGAGCGCGGACGCCGGCGAGGAAGACCUGGAGCAGCAGUUCCACUACCACCUGCGCGGGCUGCACACCGUGCUCUCCAAACUUACCCGCAAAGCCAACAUUCUCACCAACAGAUACAAGCAGGAGAUCGGCUUCGGCAAUUGGGGCCAUUGAGGCAGGGGCCGCCCGCGGCUAUCCAGCACCCUCUCGGGCCCCAUCUCUCACCCUCUCUUUUUCCUCAAAGCUGUUUUCUUCCUGGUUGUGGGAUGCGAAGGGCAGACUGCAAAGUUGGGCUGUGUACGUGCAGGGGGCUCGGUGGGGCUGUGUGGAGGGGAGGGCCUCAUUCGUGAGAGCAGAAGAAAGUGAUGGCGGGAGGAGGGGGGGUGCAUCGAGGACCUCCCUUGGAGGGGCCUGCAUUCUGCGUUGGUGGGAAUGGGACUGGGCCGACGCCCGCAUUCAGCCUGUGCCUUUCCUGGGGUUUCUUUUCUGUUCUUCUUUCCGAAAGAAAAGGGCCUGAGAAGGGGCCAUGCCAGGGCGCGGCGCUGGGCUGCCACACUUGAGAGCUCAGCCCGGAGCUGGGUGUUGGGGAAGGCGGGGCGCGCAGCCUCCAGCCCGCCCUGCCAUUGAGCUGGUGGAGGCCCUGGCGUUGCUAGGAUUGCAUCAGUUUUCCUGUUUGCACUAUUUCUUUUUGUAACAGUGGCCCUGUCUUAAGUAUUUCAAAUCUCCUUGCUCUGAAACUUCGGCUAUUCCAUUGUGAUAAACGCACAAACAGCACUGUUGGUAACCGGUACUACUUUGUUAAUGAUUUUCUGUUACAUUGUACAGUAGUCCUGUGGCAGCCUACCCCAUCCCUUUCACGCCACCCCGCCCCCACCCCAGUGUGUGUAGCUGGCAGUGCGCCUGCUUGUACGAAGCUUGCCACUCAGCCAGUGAAAAUAGUAACAUUAUUACGUGAAAGUGGAUGUAUUCGAAGUGGAGCCAACUGACAUUCUAUCCGUGUCGUACAUAGAAUGAUGAAGGGCUCCACUGUUAUAUGUCUUAAAUUUAUUUAAAACUUUUUUUUUAAUCCAGAUGUAGACUAUAUUCUAAAAAAUAAAAAAAGCAAAUGUGUUAACUAAA